CGCGACUUUUCUCCAUCUCACCUUCCCCCGACCUUCUCCCAUCUCAGCCGCGUCAACUAUCCGAAGGCCUGUCUUUUCUCGCUGCCUUCUACCAUGGCUGACGAUAUUGUCAUCGACAAACAGGUCUUCCACGAGCGUCUCAAUAACUUUGUCACUAAGUGGAAGGCAGACAAGCGCUCGGGUGAUGCCAUUUUCAACGGUGCAGGUUCAAUCGCGAGCUGUGUGGGCAAAGCGAGCGACCCGGGAACUUAUUCUAAGCCGGCCGCCUUCCAGCUAUGGCUGCUAGGCUACGAGUUCCCCGCGACCCUGUUCGUCCUCACACCCGACCUUUUCCAGAUCGUCACAACCAAGAAGAAGGCUUCGUACCUGGCACCGCUCAAAGGGGGUAAGGUUCCCGUCGAGAUCCUGGUCCGUGGCAAGGAUGCCGAAGAGAACAAGAAGCAGUUUCAGAGCUGCAUAGAGUCCAUGAAGAAGGCAGGCAAGAAAGUCGCAGUGAUGAAAAAGGACAACGCCGCCGGCCCCUUCGCCGAGGAAUGGAAGGCAGCAUUUCAGGCCUCAGACAUCAAGGAGGAGGAUCAGGUCGAUCUGGCGGGCAUCUUGUCCAAUGCUGCUUUGUCAGUCAAGGACGAGAAGGAGCUGCGUAUCAUCCGAGACGCCUCCCGAGCCUCCAGUGCCCUCAUGACCAGCUACUUUGUCGAAGAAAUGUCCGAAAUCCUUGAUACGGAGGAGAAAAUUACUCAUCGUGCGUUUUCGGAAAAAGUUGGCAACAAAAUCGACGACCCCAAGUUUUUCCAGAAGGAAAAGGUGUCGAAGAAUUUUGACCCCAUGCAGCUGGACUGGUGCCUACAGCCCAUCGUGCAGAGCGGCGGAAAAUACGACCUGCGCUUUCAAUCAGAUCCGGACGAGAGCAACCUGCACGCCGGGGUCAUCAUAUCAGCCCUAGGCCUGCGCUACCAGACAUACGGCUGCAUGGUUGGCCGGACGUACAUGGUUGGCCCAAACAAGAGCCAGGAGAGCAACUACAAGCUUCUCCUAUCCAUGCAUGAUUUGGUCCUUAAAUCGAUAAAGGAUGGCGUCGUGGCUAAGGACGUUUUCAACAAGGCCCUGAGCCUGCUCAAAUCAAAGAAACCCGAUUUAGAGAAGAAUUUUACCAUGAGAAACGUUGGCUACGGUAUUGGUGUUGAGAACAAGGACCCAACCCUGCUGCUGAGUGCCAAAAACCAGCGGGUGCUAAAGGAUGGCAUGACGCUCGUUGUUCAAACUGGGCUGCAGGACCUCAAGAACCCGAACCCACAGGACAAGAAGAGUGCUGCUUAUUCACUUCUCUUGAUCGACACGGUUCGUGUGACACCCACUGAUGCCGCCGUAUUCACUAAAGAUACCCCGUCCGAUCUGGACUCAGUCUCAUUCUUCUUUAACGACGAGGAAGAGCCUGAGACUAAGCCGAAACCGAAGCGAGAACGUCCUGGCGCGGUUGCACAGACAAACGCCACCAAGACGCGAACCCGACAUGAGCGGCCGACAAAUCAAGAUGCGGAGAAGGAAGCGCAGCGCCGAGAGCAUCAGAAAGAGCUUCAUCAGAAGAAGCAGGCAGACGGCCUAGAAACGUACGGCAAGGGUGCAAAGUCUCUGAACGGAACCGAGGAGAAGAAGUUCAAGCGAUUUGAAUCGUACAAGCGCGACAACCAGCUGCCUGUUGCGGUUGCCAAUCUAGAGAUUGUUGUGGACAAGAAGCUCCAGACAGUCAUUCUCCCCAUUAUGGGCCGUCCGGUGCCUUUCCACAUUAACACCAUCAAGAACGCCUCACACACUCCCGAGAGCGAUUUUACCUCUCUGCGUAUCAAUUUCCUCUCGCCCGGUCAGGGAGUGGGUAGGAAAGACGACCAGCCGUUUGAAGACCCUAAUGCACACUUUAUUCGAAGCUUGACAUUUCGCUCCCAUGACGUGGAUCGUAUUGAUAGAAUCACUAAGGAUAUCACCGAUCUCAAAAAGGACGUCGUCCGUCGGGAGCAGGAGAAGAAGCAGAUGGAGGACGUGGUAGAGCAAGACAAGCUCAUACCUAUAAAGAACCGAAAACCAUACAUCCUUGACAUGAUCUUUAUGCGACCCGCCAUGGACGGCAAACGCAUUCCCGGUCAAGUCGAAGUCCACCAAAACGGUCUCCGCUACGUUCAUGGUGCUGGCGGCUUUAGGAUCGAUAUCCUUUUCGGCAACAUCAAGCACCUUUUUUUCCAGCCUUCGCAACACGAACUGAUUGUCAUCAUUCAUGUCCACCUCAAAAAUCCAAUCAUGAUUGGAAAGAAGAAGGCCAAGGACGUUCAGUUUGUUCGCGAAGCUACUGAGAUGCAGUUUGACGAGACGGGUAACCGGAAACGACGACACAAAUUUGGUGACGAAGAAGAGUUCGAGCAGGAACAAGAAGAGCGACGACGACGCGCCGCUCUCGAUAAAGAGUUCAAGAACUUUGCUGAGAAAAUCGCGGACGCAGCGCGCAACGAAAAUGUGUCGGUGGAUAUUCCCUACCGAGAGCUCGGUUUCAAUGGUGUUCCUUCCAGAUCAUCUGUGCUCGUUCAGCCCACCACAGACUGCUUAGUACAACUUACUGAGCCACCAUUCACAUGUCUGACCCUCGCCGAGAUCGAAAUCGUCCACCUAGAACGUGUCCAAUUCGGCCUACGCAACUUCGACAUGGUGGUCGUAUUCAAAGACUACAACCGCCCUCCGGUACACAUCAACACCAUCCCCGUCGAGUCUCUUGACCCAGUCAAAGACUGGCUCGACAGCGUCGACAUUCCCUUCUCCGAAGGUCCGCUCAAUCUCAACUGGGCCACCAUCAUGAAAACCGUUACCUCGGACCCCCACCAAUUCUUCGUCGACGGUGGAUGGUCGUUCUUGUCCACGGAAUCUGACGACGAGGAUGACGAGCAGGAGGAAGAGGAAAGCGCGUUUGAGGUUAGUGACUCGGAGCUUGCUAUCUCGGAUGAAAGUUCUGGGUCUGGCAGUGAUUUCGAUGAGAAUGCAAGCGAUGAGAUGAGUGCCGAGGGGAGUGACGAUGAGUUGAGUGAGGAAGGCGAGGAUUGGGAUGAGCUGGAGAAGAAGGCGGCGAGGAAAGAUAGAGAGGGGGGAUUGAAUGAUGAUGAUGACAGGGGGAAGAAGAGGAAACGUUGAUGAGGGGAAAUGAUGGGAGGGGACUAUGGCGAUGACUGAUUAAUGCUUCACUCUUUGCGAGAAAGCAGAGCAGAGAGGAUUGUGUAGCAUCAGAGUCAUUUUCUGAUUUUCACCUCACCUUGGCUUCCUGUUCCUCAGGCUGGAUAGCUAUAUGGACUUUGUAAGAUUGGUUGAUGGAUAUUUCGCCCACCCACUUGCUUGUGGGCGGGAAAUUGGUUUGGACGUGCAUGGAUGGACGGGUACAGAUCACAGAUGGCAGCUAGGCGCUAGGAGCGUCUGAGUAAUAAAAGUCUCAUUGCUAUACA